AUGCCCGAUCUACGUCGCCAGGUCUUGGAGAGUGGCAAGACUGUCUCACGCAAGGCAGCUUCCCGUGAAGCAUCCCGCAACAACUCCCCCGCUAGUUCGAAGCCAGCCUCGCGUCAGGGCUCUCGCAAUACGAGUAGAGCUCCUUCGGAUGAAGAAGAUUCUGGAUUUCUCUCUGAUGAAACAUCUAUGAGCAUCGGAUCUCUUGACGAUGAGAAUCCCGAACAAGAUAAUCCCGAUUGGGAACAUGACCUUAGCCAGCGCAUACAAGAAAUCCUCGAUCGCAAGCGCAGCAGUGUUCAAGGCCGCGAAGAUGCCCUGCAAGCAUUCUGCCGCCUGACCAAAUAUCACUACACAGUGGAAGAAAUUCAUGGUGCCGUCCCAGACCUACUGGCAGCAUUUGAGCGAAGCGUCCGCACCGAGGUCAGUGUGCGCGAAGCAACUCUAGGUUUGCGCGCUAUCGAAUUGCUUGCCAUCUCCGCUUUCGAUGGCACUGUUUACGAAAAUACCGAGCCCUUCCUUACCCGCACCAUCCGCGACUCCACCUCCCCUCUUGUCAAAACAGCCGCUAUUCACUGCCUCGGGGCAUGCACUAUCUUCGGAGGUGCCGGUGAAGAUGGCAUCCUUGAACAUAUGGGUUAUCUCCUGGAUAUCAUCGCCUCUGACGGCCAAUCCAUCGAUGCCACGGACGACCCCUCCAUUGUGACCGCCGCGCUCCAGCAAUGGGGAUUCCUCGCCACCGAAGUUGAUGAUUUUGAGGAAGAAAGCGAAGAAGCAGUCCAGAUCUUCAUGGAUCAGCUCGACAGCUCUGAUUCAAACGUGCAGAUCGCAGCAGGCGAGAACAUCGCCCUACUCUAUGAGAAGAGCUACACCCCCCAAGAGGAAGAGGAAGACGAAGAGAGCACAGAUUUAAACGAGGACAGCGACGAGCACGAGCAUGAUGCCACGUCCGGUCCCAAGCUCGUGAAACGAUACAACGCUUACCACAACACUCCGGAGCUGGAGAGUCAGCUUCAGAACCUGGCUACCAUCCACGGCAAGCAGAUCAGCAAGCGUGACAAGAAAUCACUCCACAGCAAUUUUGCAUCCAUCCUCACCACUGUAGGGAACCCACGUCGCGGUCCUCGCUAUAAUACCGCUAUCAACCAGAACACCAAUCGCCAUUACGGCAGCACUCUCACUGUCAAGAUUGGCCGCCACGGAGUCAUGGCUAUCGACCGCUGGUGGAAGUGGGUACGACUCAAUGCUCUGCGCCGCAUACUGCAAGGCGGCUUUUCCGAACAUUAUUUCCAAGGUAACCGUGCCGUCCUCAACAGCCUUCCUGUCAUGAUGCGCAUGGCAGACCAGGGUCAUGGCUCGAUGGACCGCCAAGGUGCACGCAAGGCAGCCAAAUUUCGCAACGCGCGUCGCUGGACUACUCAUCAGUCUGAUGAUGAGGAGUAA